GUUUCUUUGAAGACAAGAAAGAUACUCUGAAUCUUCUUGUCUGCCUAAGAGCAGAAAUGCUGGGUACAAGGAUGAUGCUUUUACUUCUUGUCUGCAUAGGAUUACUAUCAGAGCACAGAUAUAAUGUCUCAGCCUUGAGAAACAAAGAGUUUUUCCACAGACAAUCACAAGGAGACAGAGCUGGAGUUCAUCCAGGUGAAAUUGCUAAGCUAAGGAGCAUCAAUAGGCACAACUGUGAAGAUCAAGUAAUGCUCAGUGGAAACCGGCGCUUACUUGAGGAGGUUAACAAGAAUGAAGUUAAGCCUGGGAAGACACAAGAACAAACGAAUAUGACAACGAAGUCCUUCCAAUCAAGCAAGAGACGGGUAAGACGAGGAUCCGAUCCUAUCCAUAACAAAUCCGAGCCAUUUUCUUGAGUGGCACAACGACAAUCAACUACAGAACAAGGCAAAAUUCUAUAGAAAAUAAAGGGAAGAAAAAAACAGGCUCAACAAUCAACCUUAUCAAGCUGGAGGUAGGUUAGUUGGUAUGCAUAACAGCACUGCCUGUUCAGAUACACAUGGAGAAUAUAUAUUUUGUUCUUCAAAAUAUUUCUUGGACUAAGUCUUCUUCACUCUUUUGUUUGCAAUAGUUCUUCUAAGUUUUGUUCUUUUCUGCAUUGCUCCAAAAACAUAUCUUGUGUAUAUACAAUAUCUCUAAAGUUUUGAUUAUACUUCACUGUCACAUUUGAACUUAUAAGGUAACCAUUCUAUUUUUCUAACAAAACCGACUUAUCAACCACUGAAAACGAAAAAUCCAAGAAAAUUAAAGUUUUCUAAGCAAAGUUCUAACUGCUGAAAGAAACCUAAGGAUUCCACAUGAAAGUACUAGACUGCUAAGUCCUAAUAAGACCAAUAUUUUAGACCAAUAUCAAAUAGGCUAAAAUGAGAGAGUGAGAGAUUAGAGCCAACUCUCUCUAACCGAGCUAGUUGAAUUGACCACGGCCAUUGCAACCUCCUCAACUGUGUUUGCCUCGUCCUCCAACUGUAGUACAUUUCAUUUCUUGAAAUUUUUUGAUGGUUUAAUCUGUGUUCCUCCUCUGCUCCUUAGUGAAUAAGCAUCUUCAUAGACCGACUUCCUUUGCUCAACUGAAGCAAGCUAGCGAAGACUUAAGGUUCUAAUUUAACUUCUGGAAAAUUAACCACCUCCCCCUUCUCAGCAUUAUACUCGUAUGGUGAGUAACAUAUUUGGAAAUUUUUGGAAGUGUUUCAGCAUUAACCACUGAUGCAAGCAGUGCCAUUCACGACGGUUCAGUCCAGAGAUUAAUCAUUGUUUGCUUAGUUUAGUUGUUAGGCUCGGUCCAAAGAUGUUUUGUGCUCGACAAUUUAUUUCUUACAAUAGUGCUUGACGGUAAAAGUUGAAAGAAUCCAUAAACAAAAUUUGCGUGGUAAAAAUACAUGUGCUGAUGUCUACGAAAUUUUGGCUAGUAUGAUCAGAGAAGGCCCUUAAAUUUAAGGGAUUAACUGUUUAUCAUAAACAUUUAGUGUAAAAUCCAGUGAAAAUUUGUUUAGAAUUUGACAGCUAUAAACCAUAUUUAUAUUAAUUCUUUAAAAUUUGGAAUCAUGCACAGAACCGGACAUGACUAUAUAUGAUAUGUAUUAGUCGUGUUAUUGUGUUACCACCUAACCUCUUAUUUGUUACUGUGCUAAUGCUAACAGAAAACAAACCAAACAAAUAAAGUUCAAAAACAUAUGGUGAUAAAUGAUUAAUAAUUGUUUAUGGUUUUCCUAAAAAAAAACAAUAAUAAUGUUUAUGGUCGCCAAUUUAAACAAACUUUACAAGGUGGAAAAUGUGAUGAUAUGUAUAUGAUUUUAGCAUUCUAUAGUUAUUUAUUUGUAAGAGUUUUUUUUUUAUGUUUUUUCGAAAUAUUUUUUUUGACAAUGCCGCAGUUAUAGUGUUCAUAUAUCAUCAUGUUUCCGACGUUACAAAUAUCAAUAUCAAUUUUCUUUUAAAAAUAGAUAUAGAUGUAAACGUUACACCAAAAUGAUCCCCUGAUUAUAUGACAUCUAAAAUUUAGUCUACACUUUACUUUUUCUUCCAAUUUGAGUGGCCGAAUUGCGUGAUGCGCGUGCCAGUUUGGUCAUUGAUAAGAUCGUUAGGACAUUGUUAUAAUCCGUAUUUAUGAUGACCCUGGAUUUUUUAAUCAAUCACAAAUCAGUUUAAAAGAUCCUAAUUGUAAAAGUAAGUGAAUAAACUGUUAAAUCAUCAGUGUCCUGUCAACGAAAUUAUUAGAAGAAUUAUACACUUUUUUUUUUUUGUCACAACUAAACUUCAUUUAAAGAUUAAACUGGGUUCAUUACAAGGUUUCUUAACACCUGUUUGGCUAAGCCAUCCACGUUAGAAACAGAAGAUCUACUGACCCAAUAAAAGGAAACAGAAACAAAGGCUAAAGAUAGAGAGUUGAUGUCGCUGAGGAUUCCGUGCAAAUCUGAAACAUUUGAGCCAUCCUUGAUUGCCGUCAUCAGUUUACUUGAAUCAGACUCGAAAGAGAUUUGUUUGAAAUCCAACGAAAUCGCUGCCUCCAUCGCAGCCAGUACCGCCAACCCCUCCGCCACAAGGGGUGUUUUAACAUUUGCAAAAGUUUGGGACCCUGAACAGAGAUGUUCCUUCCCACUGCCUACAAAUUCCCACGCCACACCCGCCUGGUGUCCUUCCCUGCUCCACGCCGCAUCAGACCGGCAGAUUAUCUCGUUCCUUGGUCCUUCCCAUUCAGACCUGAUCCUUUUUACUCCUUGUUCCGCUACCGGUUGAGCUUGGUGCCACUCUCUUGCUAAGCGAACAGCUCUAUUCAUCACUUCAAGGGGACAUGUCUUUUCCUCUCUGAAUAUACGAUGGUUCCUUGCUAGCCAGAUGCUCCAGACCGUCCAAGCUGCCAAAUUUUCAGAGAGAACUCCAGUGGGAGGGAGACAGAUGAUGCGCUUGACUCGUCUCCAUCCCUCCGCAAAAUUUGUCACAUUAUCAAGGUUUAUUUCAACCUUACUAGGGAAUUUUCUCCAAACCUCUCUUGCUGAUGGGCAGAGGAAGACCAUGUGAAUCACAGUUUCCGCUUCCUCGCAGUUGAUACAUUUCGGGUUUGGGAUGAUCUGUCUAGCUGCAAGUCGUUCACUUACAGGCAAGGCGUUAUGGGAAGCCUUCCAUAACAGGAGCUUCAUCUUUGGUGGGAUAUUAAGUUUCCAUAAGUCCUCGAUCCAUCUACUGUUAAUGCCCCUCUCUCUUUGCGUUGUUGGAUUCGACGCUCUUCUUUCCAGAGCUGCUACAUACCCUGUUUUGGCUGUAUACUCCCCUGCUGGGUUCCGGAGCCAUAUUCUUCGAUCUGGGCCUCCUUGUCUGCUUGUUUUUAUACUCAUGAUUGAUUCUCCCAGCUCCGGUAGUAGUCGCUCUACCUUUUCCUCGUCCCAUUUUUGAGUUCCCUCCUGGAAUAGAGCCUUUACCAUCAUAUCUUUUGAUGCUUCUGUUGCUGGGCCCAUAGGUCUCUGUAUACAUUCGGUCGACAGCCAGGCAUCGUCCCAGAUUCUCACUGACUCUCCAUCCCCUAUGGCCCAGCCCAAGUGUUCUGCCAUUAGGUCUCUCCCCACCAAGAUGCCUCGCCACCCGUGAGAACAUCCCGUCGCUGCUUCAACCUCUAGGAAAGGUUUCUCGUUAUAAUCCGUAUUUAUGAUGACCCUGGAUUUUUUAAUCAAUCACAAAUCAGUUUAAAAGACCCUAAUUGUAAAAGUAAGUGAAUAAACUGUUAAAUCAUCAGUGUCCUGUCAACGAAAUUAUUAGAAGAAUUAUACACUUGUUAUUAUUAUUGUGUGGUCAAACAGAGUCGAUAGUUGUGACUUGGAUUCUAAUUAGGCAUGAUUGAUGACUAGGUUUGUAAUAAAAGAUAAAACGUAAAACCUACUGAUAUUCAUUAUUGCUGCACGCAGAGAGUACUUUUAUCGGCAGUGGUUUGCUAGCUUAUGAUAAAUAAAUUCACAUUUACAUUAAUUCAAGAGAGUAUGCUCUAAACUAUACAUUAAUGAAUUGGAAGCAAUAUCAAUUUAGGUUUCUGUUUAAGUAACACCCAAAUAUUCAUCAAUAAUGUUUGAUUUCUUUGUAACUCUAUAAAACAAUUUGAUUUAAAAAGCAAUGUCUACAAUUUAACAGUAACAUUACAUAACUAAAAUUGUUCAUAGUAAGUAGUUCAUUUCAACCCCAAGACAAAAGGGCGUGCCACCCACGCGCCCCAACAUCUCUCUCUGAAACCCUUCGUCUCGAGAGCAGCCGCCGUUGUUUUCAACUCGCCUCUCCGGCGCCUCUCGGCGUUGUGAGAGGGCCACUGUCGCUCCCAUAUGUCCAUCUGCUACUCCGUCAUGGGUCCGGUCGGUGAAUCAGCGCUCUGUUUCUGGUCUUGACUAGCGUUCUCCAUCUCUUCGAUUGAAGGACUCGCCGUGCUGAGAGAGCUCAGAUGUUGGUGCUUCUAGCGACUGUACCGCAUCUUCGCAGCCUCUCCUCAUCAGUUCUUGCGCCGCCUCUCCGUCCACCGCAAAACCCUAAUGGUUUGGUUUAAAUUGUCGCUGUGAAAGUUGUCUUAUCUGUCAAGGGUCAUUUGGGUGUGCACCACUACGAGCUCGUGGUCUCGGGACUUCAGACUCAGGAUUGGAGGCGGCUUGUUCGUCUCUCCAUGGGUCAAGCUUAGGUGUUUGAUAUUGAGUGUAGCUUUAAUUAGCUCCUCAUCCCUCCUUUGUGUCGGAUUUGGUGUUGCUUGGUUGUCUGGGUUUUGAUUGUAGGUUCAGCUGAUACGGGUAGUGGAGGUGGAGGCUCUUCGUUUUCUUGGUGUUUCAGGGUUUCACUUUGUUCCUAGAGGAGGUAGUAAGGCUCGGAAGUGGUGAUGCUGCCCCUUUCUCUUCACCGGCUUAGAGGACGAGCGUGGUUGAGGAAGUUGAGCGCUAUUAAGCUUCUGUGGUUAGUGUUGUCCUGUCUUUUGUCGGAUCUUGGCUCAGACCGUGUCCCAGCUCGGACCUUGAGGGCAGUCUUUGAGCGGGCUUGUGUUUGUUCUUUUGAGAGAUGACAAAUUGUCCAGGUAGCCGGAUGAAUCAGCUUCUUGUGAGUGUUGUGCUUUCUCGUUCACUAGUCUUCGGUCCUCUCCCUUUAAACCUGUCUCGGCUUGUCUUCUCGCUCGGACUUCUCAAGUUUGUAUCAUUACUUUUGGUCAUGUUCGCUCCAACGCAGAACGGCUAAAGUAUUGAUUGAUUUUGUUUCCAUGUUUUUACUUUUUUUGCCGUGGAAACAAGUUUUGAGAUCUUCUAGUUGUUAAUCACAUCUUGUAAAAUCUCAACUUUCAUUAUGAAAUGAUAUUUACAAUUUAGCAAAAAAAAAAAAAAGUAAGUAGUUCAUUUUUUUAAUUCUCAUUUUGGAACCAAGAUAACGAUGUAUCAAGGUUAAAACUCCAAUUUUGAACAAUUUUUUAUCAUUAUUUAAAAGAACAAAAGAGAAGAAGACUAGAAGCAUAAAUAUUGUGAAAUACUUUUUUGAAAGAAAAAAGUUGAAAGAGAUAUCCACGUUUAUUAUUCUAACAAGCGAAGCUACGAAGUUGGAUAGGCUCAAAUACUUGGACAUAACUUUUUGACUGCAACUGUAUCCUCAUUUUUGGAUAAAAUACUUUUGAAUGAUUUAUUCCAUUAAUUCAGAUAUUAUUUUACAUGUACUUAAAUCAGAAUGAAAUAAUCAUUCACUAGUUCCACAAAAAUAAACAAAAUGUAAAAAGAAUUAUUCCAUAAUAAUUUUGAUGAGAAAUACAUGAAAUGAUUUUAUUCCUUUUCUAUUACUUUCAUAUUGUUCCAGUCAAACUUUUUCGGUCAAAUUCCUCUUCUAGUUACCAUUUACAAGUUUAUGUAAUUUAUAAAUACAUCAUGUUCAUGGUCGACUAUUGAUCAUUAAACUAAAUUUCUGAAAUAUUUAAUUUUGGUUUGAUAAGAAACCGAAUAAUCAGUUCAAAAAAGAAAAACUGAAUAUUAGAAAGAGUAUUUUACAUGGGUUCCUUCAAAUUGAUGGUUACUUUCAUUCUUGUUGCUAUGACGACCAUUUCAUGUGAUUUUUUUAAUGGUAUAUGUUUUUCUUCUCAAAAAAUAUCUUACACACAUAUAUAUAUGAUUUAUAUCCCUCUCUAAUUUUUUUUUUAAUGAUUUAUAGUUGAAACGGGGAUUUUUGUGGAAGCUGCGGCUCCGAAAUGUGGACCAGAUUGUACUGAAAAAUUCUUAAAUCAAGACUGCUAUAAAUACUGUGUAGAAUUGUCUUAUAAAAACGGUGUUUGCGUUCUAUCCGAAGGAUUUCCUUCUAAAAUUUCUACAUAUUGGUGUUGUUGUCUAAAUUUUUAAAUAUGUAAUAGUCCUCUCUGAUCAAUAUGUUGUUUCCUUAAGUCUUUAACUAUGGUGUUCUCUUUUUCAGUGGAAAGAUCAAAUAAGUGUGAACUUGAUGUCUUCCGUUAACGUUUCACGUAUUUUUUUGUUUCAGAUAGAAUUGUAUCUGGAAAUGUUGGUGUAUUUUCAUGUUUUUGAUGAUCCCUGAGACCAGUUAAUAAUCUAACUAUUUUUGUUGUUAUCUAUUAAUAAUAGCAAUUUCAAUUAAUUCUAAAGGUUGUGAAUCUCAUUUAUGUUGAAAGGUUCUGUCAUUUAAUUCUAAAGGUUGUGAAUCCCAUUUAUCUAAUAUUAUAUCAAAAUAAAAUAUUUUUAUCUACAUAAAAUUUGUUAAAAUUUUAUUAUUGUACAUUUUAAAAGUUUAUUAUACCGCAAAAUAUACAUUUUAUUAUUUUGAAACAAUUUAUCCUACUUGUAAUUUACAUUAUAUUUUAUAUCUUUAACUUUAACAAUUGUAGAAAAAGUCAUUUUAUUGAUAUUUCUUACUCAAUUUAUCGCAAUAUUUUAAAAACACAUAAAACUAAUUAGCUCACAUUUAUAAUAACACAAAAAAUACAUGCAUCUUGACAAAUAAAUAAAAUUAAAUACAUAAGAAUAUAAAAAAAACAAGAACACAACAAACACAUUUUAUUAUUCUUCCCUCCUGUUUUUUAUUUAUGUCUCCUUUAUUUUUUGACUAUUCAAAACAAGCAUACUAAUUUUAUUAUAAUCAAAGCUAUAUGAACAAUAUUAAUAGAGUAUUAACUCUAGGAAAAGCAUGUGAAAAAUACUUUGAUUAAUUUAAUUUUAAAUAACUUACUAUAUAAUAAUUCUAAAUAAAUUACCAUAUAAUAUAAUUUUAAGUGACUUACCAUAUAAUAAUUUUAAUUCAUCUGUUUAUAUUAAUAGAUGAAUUAAAUAACAUUUAUUGAUUAAUAUAAUUUUAAAUGAUUUACCAUAUAAAUUUUAUGUUUAAAAAUAUAAAAAAUAUUUUAAUCAUUUCUAAAAGUGAUAACUUAUCUAUGAUGUCACAUUGUCAUUGAAAAAUGAUGAAAAUUUUUUAAAAUUACAUAUUUGAUUGUUUUGCAUUCAUUUGAAACGUGUUAGAAUAUAUACAUAUAUAGUGAAUGAGUGAGUUUAAUUAAUAUUAUUAGUUUUACAUUAAUUAUUUUUCUGGAAUCUAUGAUUUAUUGUAUUCACUACUAAUAUAAAUAUAUUAAAAACUGUUUUAUAAUUGUUUAUGUAGUAUCAUUUCUAUUUAAAUGUAUAUUAUCAAUAUAUAUAAUGUAAUCUAUGAUAUUUAAUUGUUUUUAUAAAUAAAUUAUAUUACUUUAUCUAUAUUUAAGAUGUUUAAUUGUAUGUUUGGAAACAUAUAUUAGAUUAGGUAAUUGUAGGGUUAGUUUCCUUUUAAAACUUUAAUUAAAUAAAUAAAAAAACUAAAAACCAUCAAUCAAUAAAAUUAUAACAAUUAAUUGAAAAUCUCUCAUAUGAGCGACACAUCAACAUAAAUCACUUUAGUGACUUCUCAAUUAGUAUAUAGGAGGAUUUUUUUUAAAAAACAAUUCCUAAUUACAUUAAAACACCUUCUUAAGAGCCUGCAUUAAUCAUGGUCUUAGGACAUUGUUAUAAUCUGUAUUUAUGAUGUUGUUUGAGUCUUUGACCCAUGAUCUUUUAAUCAAUCAUAAAUCAGUUUAAAAGACCCUGAUUGUAAAAGAUAAGUGAACAAAUUGUUACAUUGUUAAUGUCCUGUCGACGAACUACAAUAAAAACUUUAUAAAUUAAUAUUCGAUAAAUUAUAAAUAAUAUAAAUUAAUAUUUUUUUCCUUUUUCCGAGUUGGCGGUUCAAAAUAUAACACAAAUUGAUAAAACAAUAAGAUAAUAUUUUUUUAGAAAAUCAUAUAUAACUAUAUGGUCCCAUUAAAAUUAUAAAUUAACAAUCUAUCUAUAUAUAAAUUUUAUGUAAUUACAAACUAAACAUUACAUUGUUGGUUUUAUAUUCAUAACAAAAUUAGCUCUACUUUUCUUAAAAUAUCAAUAUAUUUUGAUAAUAUUUAGUAAAAUUAUAUCUAAAACCACAUUUGAAUUCUAUAAAACAUAAAAAUAUACAUUAAUAAUAUUAUAAAAAGUAUGAAAGUCUAAUUUCUAAAAUUUAAUUCAUGUAUAUACUGUAAAAUCAAAUAUUUUUUAUUUUAUAAAUAAAAAUAGUAAAAUAUCUAAAAAAAUGAACGUUUUUGUAAAUUAAUAACUCUAUAAACUAAUAAAUAACAUAGUUUCAACAUUAUUAACUGAUAGAUUUUUACUGCAUUAGCAGAAUUAUAGCUUAUUGUUAUUGUGUGGUCAAAUAGAGUCGAUAAUUGUGAUUUGAAUUCUAAUUAGGCGUGAUUGAUGAGUAGAUUUGUAAUAAACGGCAAAACAUAAAACCUACUGAUAUUGUUUUUUGGUCAAAGAAGAUAUUCUUUUAAUCAUCACUCUCCAUUUAUGGAGAAUUUGUGUACAUCAAUAGACAAUGAUCUGGAUGAGAAAUAAAUGAGAAGAUUUCAUUACUUUUUCUGUUAUGUUGAUAUUGAUCUAUUCAAACUAUUUACAGGGUUAUGCAAUUUAUAAAUACAUCAUUUUCAUGGUUAACUAAUGGACAUUAAACUAAAUCUCAGAAAUAUAAAAAAUUUGUUUGGUAAGAAACUGAGUAGUAGAAAGAGUAUUACAUGGGUUCUUUCAAAUUGAUGACUACUUUCGCUCUUGUUGCUAUGGCGGCCAUUUCAUGUGAUCUUUUCAAUGUUGAAACGGGGAUCUUUGUGCAAGCUGCGGCUCCGAUGUGUGGACGAGUUUGUUCUGAAAAAUUUGAAGAUGGAAAAUGCGAUAAAUAUUGUGUAGGAUUGUCUUAUAAAAACGGUUUUUGCUUUCAAUCCGAUCCUAAAAUUUCUACAUAUCGCUGUUGUUGUUCAUCAGACUAAAUGUGUAAUAUGUCCUCUCUCAUCAAAUAUGUUGUGUCCACAUAUUUAAUAUGUCUUUAACUAUGGUGUUCUCUUUUUCGGUGAAAAGAUCAAAUAAGUGUGAACUUCCGUUAA